AGUCACCUGCUCGCGUAUGAUCGUGUUGUGUUGUACACGCACAAUAUCGCUGUGCCUUAGUAUCCUAGUAGUAAAACGACUUACUCAUUUUUUUGCUCUUUCCGCAGCAAUUAUAAACUAACUGGUUUGUCUUGGAGGGCGUUCUCUAAGACCGAACAGUCACUGAUGAUGAACCGACUUUAGCGAGAGUUUAAUUUUAUUAUCGCCCGGCCAGGCGUGUCCAAAACCAGUGUCCGGACCGACCACGAUAACGCAGUAGCAGCGGGUCUGUCUCUGAAGUUUGAACCGUCCGAAAUCGCCGCCAGCCCACCCUACAAGUGGACUAGCUAUUCCCAUUGAUGCCACGAACAGUAUACACCGAGAAACCUUGCUGUCCACCAGCAGCCAUGGCUGUCAACUACGGCGUGGAGACUUCCAACACCAGCAGCGCAGCUCGUGGAAUUAUGACCCUGCAUAUUCACCCGACCACCGGUGGAAGGUUUUCUUUGGAAAUACCCCGACACGCAUCCGUGGAACACCUCAAGACCAGCAUUUCCAAGCAGUUACGAGUACCGAAGGAAAGAUUGACUUUGUUGCAUCGUGAAACACAUCUUAAGCGCGGGACGCUUGAAGAAAACCUCGUCACGGACGGCAGCAAACUCACUCUCCUCCCAUUGGUCGAAAGUGGACUCGUGUCACAAAGGCAAGACCAAACACUAAUGCAAGCACUACAGAACCUGAGCGAGACGCAGGUGGACAACUUUCUCAAUGGCAAGCAACCCCUGACCCUUGCCCUACGCCUCGGGAGUCACAUGGUAUUCGUUCAGCUUCAAUUGGCUGGUAACCCAGGUCAGCACAGCUUCCUGAACUGCCACAAGGCAGCCACGCCCAACCGACCCAAGCCGGUUGUCAAUCACCAUCAAGCCACGCCCGCUGCGUCCAUGUGUACAUCACCGCCUGUUAAAGACGAAUUACCGCCAUGCCCACAGUCACAAUGCCCCCUCCACGGCAAGACAGCUUGUGUAGCGCCCUCACUGGCCAGCAGGCCGCAACAGCAGUACCCGAGUAAUAUACCACCACCCCCGACGUCACCCUGCGGUCAUGCCAGGUCGUCAUCUGCAUCAACAUCAUCAUCAUCAUCAUCAUCAUCAGCUUCUUGGCCGAGGACUGGAGCCUGCAUUGAUAGCGUACAACAACAUUCACCAGGGGUGUUCUCCGGAACUUUUUCAGGUAUUCUGAGUGCAGCUGUUCAGGAUGGCCAGGGCAGACCGAAGAAAGACAUCAGUACCAUCGCCCACAUCCUGGGGGACCUCCUACAUGCUGCACCCCUCUACCGGCAACACGUCAACCAGCAGAAGAGACGAGCGGCUUGUACCCAGCCUCACACUGCUCCAAGAACAACACUACACAAUGCUGCCGCGGCCACUCCUACGAGUAGUGUACCGGCUAGACCACAGACACCUCCAGAAAAGAAGCAGUUCAUUAUGCAGGAGAACAAUCACACACGCAGCAAGAUGGCGCAUCUACAGGAGAAGCUGCGAGAGAGACAUGCACGGCGUCAAGCCCGGCGCAUGACGCGAGGCCCGUACCAGGCCCACCAAAACUGCCAUAAACACGCCAUGUUCGUCGAGAAGGGCGAGAACAGCAAGGAGAGGGCCAUCUCCGAGAACUGCUACCCGGCCCUCAAGCAGGACUACCUAGCUGUAUGAAAGUCUCAGCAUCUGCCUCGAUAUACCACGGGCAGGACACCUGAAGUUUAUGGCAAUAACUGGCUGUGAUGCUGGGACCAAACAAAAUUGACGUAUAAUUUGGAGUUCCCAAGAUGAAGAGUGGGGGAAACUUCGAUGGAGAGUAUUGCGUUGUCUUAGCGGGGAAAAACAAAAGACAACGAAUCAGGCUUCGGACUUAUGUACAAUAGACUGUGCUUGCACAGAGUGGUGGCGAGCGAGGACUGCCGAAGCACUGUGUGAUGGUAGCUAUAGGCAUUGGAAUGUUGGUUAUAACAGCACUCUCAAAUCCAGUGUAACCGCUGCAGGUAUUGUGGAAAGUGGACUUUACUUAGAAUGAGACUCUUGUGUGGUACAGUAUUGUUAGCGUUUUAAAUUAAAGUGACACGGCUAGGGCUGUUGUCUUACUUAAUUGCAUGGGAUCAAGGGAUACUGCUUGUACAAUCCGGCAUGAAAAGAUCAGGGUAGAAAGAGAAAGAACUGAAGGUUCGCUUGAUGUAAUUAUUAAAGAAAUUAUUCAAGUUAAAUAAUGCAAUUAAUUUUUUUGAUCUUUCAUCAUUAGACUGUCACCGAACUGGUUCGCUUGUGACAUAGGGACAUCUAUUUCUAACUUCGUAUUAUUUAAGUAAACAAAACAGGUUAUUUUGUAAUAUAUCUGAUGUAAAGGCAAACAGUGAUUAUGUAUCAACCAGCCUACAUAUCGGUGUGUAUAGUAAUUCAACUUUUUGUAUUUGGUGAGAUAAACUAAUGUAGGCAUGUGUUUUGUUAGUCGGUAGACUAUUGUUAGUAACUGUUCUUGGGGUACAUUCUGUCUAAAAGUCUGGUUACCGCCUUUCUCCUCACACACAAACCAAUACAAAUGGCAUGACUGUAGAACGUACCAUACUAUUUUUCAUUUGCAGGUUCAUACUUUGACCUUUCGUUAGUUUACUGGCGGUUGUAUAAUUUUUUUGUUUUGACUCACAUUUUAAUCAGGAGUUUAGGUUCUGUAAUGGUUUAAUUCUUGGCACUCGUUUAGAGACUUUUGUUUUGUUAUUUCACUUGUGUGUGGAUUUAAGCAGUAUUAAUUGCACAAAUAUUAUAAGUCGAUUAUUGCAGAUAAGUUUACUUUUUUCUUCUCUUUUAAAGAUUAUUGAUAAUUUUUAUACGAUAAAGGAUCAAUCGGUUUCUGAUCGAUUCCACGAUAUCGUCAAUUGAUUAAGAUACCAUUAUUCUGAUAAUUGAUAAUAAUUUUAUACAUUUCCAAAAAUUCCGAAGCUGUGGUGGACAUAAAUCGGAGAAAUGUCGCCGCCUCUUAGACUCGAGAGAGAACUAACCAAAUCACCUCUGGAUGGGGUUGAGUAAAAAGUAGUAAUGUAAGUAUUUUUAGCCCUAGGCUAGGCCGGUGUCAACACCCAUUUAGCCCUAGGCUAGGCCGGUGUCAACACCCAUUUGACCUUAGAUUAGACAGAGUGACCCCGGCUGCGGCUGAUGCGAGUUAUAAACUGUUUUUGUACGCAAUUUUUGCAGCCGUGGUGGGUGAACUUCUUAUCGUAUAAAAAAACAAAGUGGUGAACUUGGCGUUAUACUUGCGUGAGAAAUUGUGAGAAUUUGUGUGAAUUGAUGACCGAAACCGAGAGUUCGGAUAAACGAUUCUUCCAGUACAAAUUGUGAUAUUUGUAUAUUAUUAAUAUUAUUGUUAUUAUUACAUACUCGAUCUAAAAAAGGCGCAUUUGAAAGCCUAUAAUUAACAUCGCGUUGCCUAUACUAUUGCAAUGAAAACAAAGUGUGAAGACACUUUUUUUAUUUCUAAGUAUACAGUUGACUUGCCUCGCUUUAUUGUUGCUAUGACGACAAUCUCUCAGCCAAUCAAAAACAAUGAACAAUACAUCGUCUUUACAAUGAAGAAAACACAACUUUACAAAAGACCCUGAUUUUCGUUUAAAUUGACAGGGAAUUUAUGUUUAUGUUCAGUUUAAGGGGUUGAUGACGUCAUGUGUGACGUAAUUAUAGACGAUGUUUAUUCAUUAUUUUGAUUGGGCGAGAAGGCGAGACAAACCUAUAUUUUCACUACAAGAUUAUUAUUCGUUCUUUGAUUACGACAUUUAAGUUUGUCAUAUCUCAAAUUAUGACUAGCAUAAGAGUUAAACACCGCCCUCAACGUUUAAUUGAGGUCAGUCUACCAAUGUCUGUGUAUAUAUUGUUUUGGGAGCCGUUAUAGAAAGGGAAAGACAAAGUAAAUGUCGAAAUAAUAAAGAAAAGCGGGACUAACUUUA